AUGGUAGACUUCCGAGACGACUACCGCGAUCGCAGGCGCUCUCGCUCGCCAUCCGACGUUUCUACCCGGGACCGCGAUCGCGAUCACGGUCGGCCCCGAGCGCGCCACGACAAAGACAGCACCAGCACCAGCACCCGCCGAAGCCACGAGCACCGCAGCCACAGGUCGCGCCGAGACCCCAGCCCGCGGAGACGGCGGCGCGAACGCUCUCGCAGCCCAUCCGGCCGCAGCAGCCACAGACGAGAUCACUCGCGGCGGCGCGAGCGUCACCGACAUCCAGAAGAAGAAGAAGACUCCGACGCGGACGCCCGCCGGGAACGGAGAGCACACCGACACAGACGACAUCGCAGGGACGAAUCUGCCUCGUCUGCUUCCUCUACCGCACGUCGCUCACCCAGGAGAGAGAGAGAGAGACCCCGUCGACGGAGCCGGUCGCGCAGCCCUGGAGGCAACCAGCCGCGCUCGAGGGGCCCGCUUCCCUCGCAGCAAGACGCCUUCACGACUACCUCUGGUGGAGCAGCCGCAGCAGACCCGGACGCGCCACCCCCGGCUGAGAAAGAGAAGCCCAACUACGGCAACACGGGCCGCCUAGCAGCGGAGAGCAACACGGUGGAGGUAUCCGGUGGCGGCUCGGUGGUGCUCAAGUACCAUGAGCCGCCCGAGGCGCGGAAACCGCCUCCCAAGGACGCGUGGCGACUGUAUGUGUUCAAGGGCGAGGACCUGCUAGAGGUGGUAGAGCUGGGGGGCCGCAGUUGCUGGCUGGUGGGACGGGAUCGGCUGGUGGUUGAUUUCCCGCUGGACCAUCCGAGUUGCUCGAAGCAGCAUGCGGCGAUACAGUUUCGGUUUGUGGAGAGGAGGAAUGAGUUUGGGGAUCGCGUGGGGAGAGUUAGGCCUUAUUUGAUUGAUUUGGAGAGUGCGAAUGGGUCGAGUGUCAAUGGGGAGGGGGUGCCUGGGGGACGGUAUGUUGAGGUUAGGGAUAAGGAUGUGUUGAAGUUUGGGAUGAGUGGGAGGGAGUAUGUGCUUAUGUUGGCGCGGCCGGAUUGA